AUGAUAGUCUCGCGUAGCCAGACCUUCAGACUGACGGCUGAAGGUCUGGAAUUCAUAGCAGCUUUCUUUGGCCAAGGCCCGCCCAUAAGGCCGUUUGACCGACAUGUCAAACAACCAAUCACAGUUCGUUUCGUUCAGCGUCACGUUUCGGGGCGUGGAAAUGUCCCCACAACAACAGACCGGCGUGCAACAAAUGUAGCAGAUCGUUACUGUAACUACAAUCAGCAGAAGCAGCAGAAGAGAUCAGGACUCUCAGAAAUACAGAGUCUGGAGGAAAUGAAGGAGAGUGAAAGAGAGACACUUGUUAAUGGAGGCGCCCACACAGUUUCUGUUUUGCUGCCCGCCAUUAAAGAAGAGCAGCACUGUAAUGUUCAUCUGUUUGUUUGCAUCCAUGACAUUAUAAAUCUUUAUGCAUAUAUACAGUUUGUGUUUGUUUCUUCAGGUCUGUCUGGUGUUUAUACAGACAGAGUGUCAGUGUCAGUGAUGGAGGGAGAUUCAGUCACUCUACACACUGGUGUUGAAACAAAGCACCAAGAGGAUAUUAAGUGGUAUUUCAGCAAGGUUCGCAUUGCUCAAAUAAGUGGAGAUCUCAGUUUUAUCUGUACAGAUGUUCAGUGUAAUAAUGGAACUGAGAGAUUCAGAGACAGACUGAAGCUGGAUCAUCAGACUGGAUCUCUGACCAUCACAAACAUCACAAACACAGACUCUGGGGAAUAUACAUUAAAAAUCUUCAGCAGCAGUAACAGUGCAAAUAUAUUUAGUAUUUACAUCACUGAUGUUCCUGCUACUGAACUAUAUGAAAUAAAGGAGGAAGAAUCUGUCACUUUAGAUGCUGGUGUAAUAAAAUCCCCAAAUGAUGUGAUAACGUGGUAUUUUAAUGACACUCUCAUCGCUGAAAUCUCUGGAGAUCAGAGUAAGAUCUGUACAGAUGAUCAGUGUAGUAAGAGAUUCAGAGACAGACUGAAACUGGAUCAUCAGACUGGAUCUCUGACCAUCACAAACACCAGAAUCACAGACUCUGGAGAUUAUAAACUCAGGAUUAUUAUCAGCAGCAGCACAUUCAGUAUCACCAGAGUGAAGAGAUUCAGUGUUUCUAUCACUG